AUGAUGAAGUCUAUCGCUUUGCUCGUUGCUGCGGGCUCUCUAGCAGCUGCCACUCCUUAUGGAACACCUCCUCCUGUCUCGACCGUCGAGCCCUCGCUCAGCCAGAUCCAGCAGUCGGCUGCCACCGCAAAGAGCCUGUCUCCCAAGAGCAAUGUCAAGGGAGUCGGGUUUAAUCGCUUCUACCAGAUCUGGCUGGAGAACAUCGACUACUCUGCCGCCGCCGGCGACCCGAACCAGGAAUACCUUGCCUCGCAAGGUAUCACGUUGACCAACUACUUCGCCACCACCCACCCCUCCGAACCCAACUACUGUGCUGCAGCUGGCGGUGACAACUUUGGCAUGGACAAUGAUGACUUCCAUCAGAUCCCCGCCAACGUUUCGACCGUCGUCGACCUGCUUGACACAAAGGGAAUCAGCUGGGCCGAGUACCAGGAAGACAUCCCGUUCCCUGGCUUCCAGGGCUUCAACUACUCCAACCAGGUCACCUUUGCCAACGACUACGUCCGCAAGCACGAUCCGUUGAUUCUGUACAACUCGGUGACGAACAAUGCCACUCGACGUGCAUUGAUCAAGGGCUUCGACGCCUUCCACAGCGACCUCGCCAACAAGACCCUGCCUCAGUGGGCCUUCAUCACCCCCAACAUGACCAACGAUGCUCACGACACCAACGUCACCUUUGGCUCGCAGUGGCUGCGCAACUUCAUGGACCCGCUCCUGACCAACGAGUACUUUAUGAAUGACACGUUGGUGCUUCUGACCUUUGACGAGAACGAGUCCUACGGCAUCCAGAACAAAGUCUUCUCCAUCCUCCUCGGUGGCGCCAUCCCCGCGAACUUGAAGGGCAGCGUAGACAACACCUUCUACAACCACUACUCGACCAUCGCGACCGUGUCGCAGAACUGGGGUCUGCCGUCCCUCGGACGCUGGGACUGCCACGCCAACGUCUUCGAGGUCGUGGCCAACAAGACGGGCUGGAAGAACGCCAACAUCCAAACCGCCAAUCUCUUCUUCAACGAGUCGUACCCCGGUCCCCUCUCUGACGCCGAGUAUGUCCCUGACUGGCCGAUCCCAACCAACGCCUCGACCUGCGCCAAUGGAAAGGGUGUCUUGAAAUCCGUGGCCAACACUUACAAGGGCAUGGUCGCGACCUUGAACUACACCCAGCCAUAUCCCUAUGACGCACUGGUCGGCAACAACGUUCCGUGA